ACGCGUUUGAAUCUAACCCAAUUAACCCAAGUCACUAAGCAAAGCAAGCGAGCAAUUAGGAAGCGAUACCUUUGAGGGAAAUCUGGUCUUCCCACAGUCUAAGGCUUUGCAUAUAAAAAGCUCGUCCUUUUCUCCUGCGCUAAGAAAGGUAUCGCAAAUCUAGAGAGAGGCAAAGGGAUCGAACCGGAGCAAGAAGUUGAAGAUGAGGAUCACUGUAAUGACUGCUGAUGAACAAAUACUUUCGUUGGAUGUUGAUCCCCAUGAAUCUGUGGAAAACGUCAAGGCAUUGCUUGAGGUAGAAACACAAGUGCCUCUUCAGCAACAGCAACUUCUCUAUAAUGGAAGGGAGAUGAGUAAUUCUGAGAAAUUGAGUGCUCUCGGUGUUAAAGAUGAAGAUUUGGUGAUGAUGGUCUCUGCUGUUUCUUCUGGUGCAUCUGCCAAUGAUUUAGGCUUCAAUCCUGAUGGAUCUGCUGUUAAUCCUGCUUCUUUCCAGCAGCACAUUAGACAGGAUUCUAACCUGAUAGGUCAGCUCUUUCAGAACGAUCCAGAGUUGGCACAAGCUAUUCUAGGAAGUGAUCUUAACAGAAUACAGGAGAUUCUACGAGCACGUCAUCAACAGAGAGCUGAAUUACAGCGUCAAAAAGAGGAGGAACUUGCUCUUCUUUAUGCAGAUCCUUUUGAUGUUGAAGCACAAAAGAAGAUUGAAGCUGCUAUUCGUCAGAAAGGAAUUGGAAACUGGGCAGCUGCACUAGAACAUAAUCCCGAAGCUUUUGCAAGAGUGGUCAUGUUGUAUGUUGACAUGGAGGUUAAUGGUGUCCCACUGAAAGCAUUUGUUGAUAGCGGAGCCCAGUCUACGAUUAUAUCAAAAAGCUGUGCUGAGCGCUGUGGAUUCUGGUUUCAAUAGUGUGCUAGAUUUUGAAAUGAGA